CUCGUCUGUGAUUGGCUGCGCGCUCGGAGCGUUCAGUAGGGCAAGAGACGCCGAAGGACUCGAGGCUGGACGGAACCAGGAACGGUAAACAUGCUGAUUUUCAGAAAGGUCUUGCGGGCAGGUGUUCAGACAGGUCUGAGGUUUCAGAGCAGAGGAGCUGCAACAGGAGCUCAAGCGGCCAGCGCAGCCAAAGCAUCCCAUGGAGGAAUCUCUUUUGAACUCACUGACCAGCAGAAGGAAUUCAAGGAAGUGGCCAGAAAAUUUGCUCGAGAAGAGAUUAUUCCAGUCGCUCCGGAGUAUGACCACACCGGCGAAUAUCCAUUUCCCCUCAUCCGGAGGGCGUGGGAGCUCGGCCUGAUGAACUCUCACAUUCCAGAGGACUAUGGGGGUCUGGGUCUGUCCAGCUUCGACGCCUGCCUCAUCACAGAGGAGUUGGCGUACGGGUGCACAGGAGUGCAGACGGCUAUCGAGGCUAACUCUCUCGGACAAAUGCCGGUCAUCAUCGCUGGUAAUGAAGAUCAGAAGAAGAAGUAUCUGGGCAGGAUGACCGAGGAGCCGCUCAUGUGUGCCUACUGUGUGACGGAGCCCGGCGCAGGCUCAGACGUGGCUGGAGUAAAGACUCGUGCUGUGAAGAAAGGAGACGAAUACAUCAUCAACGGCCAGAAAAUGUGGAUCACCAACGGAGGGAAAGCUAACUGGUAUUUCUUGCUGGCCCGCACAGACCCCGACCCCAAAUGCCCAGCCAGCAAAGCGUUCACAGGCUUCGUCGUAGAGGCGGACACUCCGGGAGUUCAGCCCGGCAGGAAGGAAAUGAACAUGGGUCAGAAGUGCUCAGACACACGUGGAAUCACCUUCGAGGACGUGAGAAUCCCCAAAGAGAACGUCCUGCUCGGAGAGGGAGCGGGAUUUAAGAUCGCCAUGGGGGCUUUCGACAAGACUAGACCUCCGGUUGCUGCAGGUGCGACAGGUCUGGCCCAGAGAGCGCUGGAUGAGGCCACCAAGUAUGCCUUAGAGAGAAAGACUUUCGGCAGGCUUAUUGCUGAUCAUCAGGCCGUGUCCUUCAUGCUGGCGGAGAUGGCCAUGAAGGUGGAGCUGGCCAGGCUGGCCUAUCAGAGGGCAGCAUGGGAGGUGGAUGAGGGCAGAAGGAACACUUACUACGCAUCCAUCGCCAAAGCCUUCGCCGGAGACAUCGCCAACCAGGUUGCGACUGAUGCCGUCCAGAUUUUCGGUGGGAAUGGAUUCAACAGUGAAUACCCUGUGGAGAAACUAAUGAGAGACGCAAAGAUUUAUCAGAUUUAUGAAGGAACUGCUCAAAUCCAAAGGCUCAUCAUCUCACGAGAGCUUCUUGCGAAAUACAAGCAGUGACCAUGUCCCGAGGCGUCGCCAGCAGGAGCACUUCUUUAGUUUAAAGGGGUAGUGGGUGGGGUUAACAUAUUAAAUUGGCUCUAAAUCAUCAUCAUAAUUCAUGUUCCGUCGUUUAACAUGAGCCGCUGUCCAACGUUUAUCACCACAGCUCUCGUUUGUUGUUUAUAAAGUGACCUGUCAGUAGCCUGAGUGUUCAGACUGCGUCUUUUUAAGAUUGUAAAAAUGCCGCAAAUAUAUAACAAACAGUUCAGUUACGAUUGCAGUGAGAUCUUCCUGCUGUGGAGUGGGGUCUUUCUCUCUUCUGCACCUUUUGCAGGCUCUUCUACACAUGAAUGGUUUUGAUCUGUGAAUCUCAGGAUUGUCAAUAAUGCCAAUAUCGGUUUGCCUUAAUCGUGUCGACUCGCCUUGCUCAUGUUUUGUAUAUUACGUAGAACAAUUUGGGUUGAACUGAACAAAAAAAAGCAUGAAAGGCACAGAACGUGUAACACGUAAGCUUUUCUGUGCCGUCCAAAAAAUAAAGAACAAUGCAAAAACAU